AUCGGCAAACAUCAUAGUAUUUAUACCAUCCAAUCGAAACUUGAAAAUUUCAGUGUUCACAGCUAACUGGAAUGGAUUCCUUAAGCAAUUAAGUCAUUCAUAAGAAAACUCGACUUUUCAACCCGAUUUCAACCACUCCAUUCGAUUUAGUUUUUCAAUUCUCUUCCGGAUUGUCAUUCCAUAAACGAACAAAACGCGGUCAUAAUUACUGUCAUGACAAUGAGCUACAAUCGAUCGAACAUUCGUUAUCAAAAGGAUAUAAAUACCAAUGCUUCUAACAGUUACAGUCACAGUCCAUCAGCAACAUCCACCAGCUCAAAUCGUCUACUAAACCAAACCAACUGUGAAAAUGAAGGUUUUUGUUGCUUUGUUAUCUCUCUGUUUCGCACUCGCAGCCCAAGGAUCCUACAUUCCUUCAUCAUUGCCUCCUUAUUCGCUCGGCUGGAACUCCUGGAAUGGCUGGAACGACUGGAACGGAUUGAACAGCUGGGAUGACCACAGUUCGGUUGCCUGGCCAGCGUAUGGAAACUCGUGGUCAUCUGCAGCGUGGCCAGCGGCUUCCCUCUACAACAAGGGCUGGAAUGGAUGGUACGCACCAAAGACCACCGUCGUUCAGGCUAACGUCGCCAAAGUGAACCCAUGGGGACUUCCCUGGGGAUCAUACGGACAUGGCUACAACAACUAUUUGGGAGGAGUGCCGGCUGCCAAAUACAUCGCUGCCAAUCCAGGAUCGGUUCAUGUAGCUCCCCUUGUUGGUCAUGCUGUCAACCAGAAACUGAUUGUUGCUUAAGAAAUAGAUGAUUUUUCCAUUUCUUGAAAUAAUAA